CCGACACCGCCACCGCCACCGCCAUGGCGCAGGAGAGCAGCGACGUCAAGUGCACCACCGCCACCACCAAUUCCAAGGGGACCCAUAAUAAUAAUUCCGAGGAAGCUGCGGCGGCAGACGGCGGCGACAGACCACUGGUCGUAGUGUCGUCGUCGUCAGCACCGGCGACGCCCUUCAAGUUCAACGUGCACGCGCCAGAGUUCGUGCCCAUGUCGCCCAACGCCGCCGCCGCCAGCCCCAUGGCGAGCCCCAUGUCGGCGCCGGCGGGAGGCUACUACUCGCCCUUCAUGCAGAUGCAGGCUGGCGCCCUCACGCCCGACUGGAGCUUCUUCCAGGAUCACGAGCCCGUCUUCUUCAUGCCGGACUUCGCGCACGCCAAGUUCGGCGCCGCCGCCGCCGCUGGCGGGAGCAACAGCGCGCAGGGCAAGGGGACCGGCGCCACCGCCGACGUCACGCAGAAGAUUGUGAAGCAGGUCGAGUACCAGUUCAGCGACAUCAAUCUGGUGGCCAACGAGUUCUUGCUCAAGAUCAUGAACAAAGACACAGAAGGCUACGUUCCCUUGUCGGUGAUUGCGUCCUGGAAGAAGAUCAAGUCUCUCGGGGCAACCAACCAGAUGCUGGUGAAGGCUCUUCGCACCUCCACAAAGCUUAUUGUCAGCGAUGACGGCAAGAAAGUCCGGCGCAGGCAGCCAUUCACUGAGAAGCACAAGGAAGAGCUUCAGUCUCGCAUGAUCAUAGCAGAGAAUCUGCCGGAGGACUCGUCAAGAAACAGCCUCGAGAAGAUCUUUGGUGUGGUCGGAAGCGUGAAGAACAUCAAGAUAUGCCAUCCCCAGGAGCCUAGCACGGCAAGGGCUGCUUCCAAGUCAGACACACACACGCUGGUGAGCAAUAAGAUGCACGCGCUCGUCGAGUACGAGACCUCGCAGCAAGCUGAGAAAGCGGUGGACAAGCUCAACGAUGAACGCAACUGGAGGAAAGGCCUCCGAGUCCGCACAGUGCUCAGGCGCUCGCCCAAGUCCGUGAUGAGGCUGAAGCGCCCGGAUUUCGACCACUUCGUGGGCUCCGACGACGACUCGCCGCACUCCCAGAUGUCGUCCGACUCCCCGACGGCGGACAACAACUCACCACCAACUGCAACUGAUCAGCAGCAGCAGGACGAUCACAACCAGAUCAUCAAUGGCGGGAGCAAGCAGCAGCAGCAGAAAGCAGCCGGGUGGGCGAGAGGUCGAGGGAAGCUUCACGUGACGGCGCCGCACAGCCCGCAGUCGGCUCCGGCCGGAAUGGCCGGGCAUUUCGACCCAUCCAGCCCGAGGCAGCAGCAGCAGCAGCACAAGCAGUGCACGUCCAGCCCCAGCAGCAAGCAGCAGCAGGCCAAGUGCCCCUUCAGCCCCAGGCAGCCUCCUCCCCAGGGCCCCAGGAUGCCUGACGGCACGCGCGGCUUCACCAUGGGCCGGGGCAAGCCUCCGGCGACGUCGUCGUCGUCUCCGGCGCCCCGGCAAGUGGCGGCGGCGCCCACGACUCCGCCUGCUCCAGUCCUUGUUUAGUGUCGUCGUCGUCGUCGUCGUCGUCGUUCAAUUUCACUUAUUAUUACAUAUAUAUUGCUCUCGCCUCGCCUCCAAGUCGUCAAAUCCUACUCCUAUCCUAAUCCUAUCUUAAGAGAUCUUAUAGUGGUGCCUGUUUCAUUCACGAACUCUGUAUCCUCGCUCUGCGGAUACAAGCAGUUGAGUUGAGCUCUCUUCCUUUUCUUCUCUCUUGUUUUAACUUUUGUUUAUUAUUAUCAAGGUUACCUUUUAUUUAUUAAAUAAAUAAAGUUGGCUGGCUGCUGGCAUAUUGACCGCAUCAUUCUA